CUACAAAAGAAAGUCAGAGCACAACUAUUUUGAACAGAUAUUGAGCAUUCCCCCACCACCUAUCUCGUUUUUAACAUAACACUGCUGUCAAUGACUUCCCAGUCACUGGACUUUGCCCUGGUGGAUUGGUAGAAAAAAAGCCAGCACCAGAAGAAUCUAUUCAUUAGUGGUGGUGGACUACCUUUGAACUUGAAGUACAGGAAGCUCCAAUAUAUAAAUCAGAUUUAUCUUACUGUAUGAGGUAAAUGGGAAGAUAUUUUUCUCAUUCUGGAUUGAGUUACAUGUAGGGAUUGUAAAUUAUAGUCUGCAAUAGAAAACAUGGCAGACCGAAAAGCAGUGAAAAUGGUAAGUGGUCAACCGGACUUUCUGCAGUUUAAUAACCUGGCCUGUGAGACAGCUGGAGGAAAAGUAAGUGUUACACCAUGGACACAAGAUUGACAUUUUGAUAACUGUAAAUAACACAAUAUGAGACAAUGUUCAUCUGUUUAUGUGCUCACUAUCAUUGUAGGUUAUUUUUGCUACAGACGAAUGGUUUGCGCCAGCUAGCAAUCUUUUGAAGGUACAGUGCAUACUUACAUUACUAAUUCACUGUCAUCUGUUGAUUCACUGCCAUUCACAUCUCCCACCCUCUCCCUUUGUUCACUGCAUGUGGUUGGAAGAGAGAGCCACCAGAGUUCAUAGCGUCUGCAUUCACUGAGUACGGAAAAUGGAUGGAUGGCUGGGAGACAAGAAGGAAAAGAAUACCUGGUAUGACUUGAAGAGACACAAAAUUAUAAUCAUUUCAAUUAUGGGAAAAUUGAAUUAACAUAGAUAGGCUAAUCUGAAUAGGUAUACAGAAGCUUGAUCUUGUCUGCUAUCUCUGCUAGGUCAUGACUGGUGCAUCAUCCAGCUGGGUGUACCUGGCAUCAUACAUGGCCUGGAUGUGGACACAUCCUUCUUUACUGGAAACUACUCGCCCUCUGCCUCUCUUCAGGCUGCAUGUCUGGGUAUGGAUGACUGUGUAACAGGCUGUGUUUACACAGGCAGCCACAUUCUGAUCUUUUUCCACUAAUUGGUCUUCUUGACCAAUCAGACCAGCUCUUUUGCCAAUAAUUUGAGAAAAUAGCAGGUUGUCUGUGUAAAUGCAGCCAUAUAGAUUUAGACUCUAUCUAAUACCUCAUGGUAAAAGUUAGAAAGAUCCAUAGGGUGUUUUCACAUACAGUACCAGUCAAAGAUUUCUUUAUGUUUUACUAUUUUCUACAUUGUAGAAUAAUAGUGAAGACAUCAAAACUAUGAAAUAACACAUCAUGUAGUAACCAGAAAAGUGUUAAACAAAUCAAAAUAUAUAUUAUAUUUGAGAUUAUUCAAAUAGCCACCCUUUGCCUUGAUGACAGCUUUGCACACUCUUGGCAUUCUCUCAACCAGCUUCAUGAGGUAGUCACCUGUAAUGCAUUUCAAUUAACAGGUGUGCCUUCUUAAAAGUUAAUUUGUGGAAUUUCUGUCCUUCUUAAUGUGUUUGAGCCAAUCAGUUGUGUUGUGACAAGGUAGGGGGGGUAUAGAGAAGAUAGCCCUAUUUGGUAAAAGACCAAGUCCAUAUUAUGGCAGGAACAGCUUAAAUAAGCAAAGAGAAACGACAGUCCAUCAUUACUUUAAGACAUGAAGGUCAGUCAAUACGGAACAUUUCAAGAACUUUGAAAGUUUCUUAAAGUGUAGUCGCAAAAACCAUCAAGCGCUUUGAUGAAAGUGGCUCUCAUGAGGACCGCCACAGGAAUUGAAGACCCAGAGUUACCUCUGCUGCAGAGGAUAAGUUAAUAAGAGUUGCCAGCCUCUUGUUUAAGUAACCGGUGUGAAAUGGCUAGCUAGUUAGUGGUGUCCACUAGUAGCGUUUCAGUCGGUGACGUCACUUGCUCUGAUACCUUGAAGGAGUUGUUUUUUAAAUAGAGUGAAACAGGGAGGUACUACCUGAACUUGUCCAAUAAGAACACAGAUUUUCUGUAACAUUUGUUGACCGAUAGGUAACGAUGCUUAGAGCGUGACUGUUGUCAAUGUGUGUAGAGGGUCCCUGGUUCAAGCCCAGGUUGGGGAGAGGAGAGGGAUGGAAGGAAUGCUGUUACACUUACAUGUGGCUAAAGUCAUGUAUGUUUCUGUGUUCUGUCUGAUCAGAGGAGGCCCCAGCAUUGACCCUGGAGGGAGACCGCACUGGCAUGGCUGCUUCCGAGAGUCAGUUUGAAGCAGUUGCUAAGGUACAACCAUUGUGCACACUGUUUACACUGAUACUGUACACACACACACACACACACACACACACACACACACACACUGGAGAAAAUCAAUGAUCAACUGUGUUUGACAGUUGCACUCUGAGUCGUGGGAGGAGCUUGUUCCUGUGACAGAUCUGAAACCUGGAUACUCCGACACCUGUCAUAACUACUUCCCAAUCACCUACCCCAGCAGAGUCACCCACCUGCGACUCAACAUGUACCCAGGUAACACCUCCAUAUCAGAUACUCUCUCCACUAUUGGUUACAUAAUUGCUCAUCAAUAUUCCUGAUAAAGGAUCUGUAUUUAUGCUUGUGUUACAGAUGGGGGGAUUGCUAGACUGAAGGUCUAUGGCGUUGGGCAGAAAGACUGGUCUGCCAUGCCCACACAGGACCAGGUGGACCUGGUGGCGCUGGUCAAUGGUGGGGUCUGUCUGGGCUACAGCGAUGCCCACUUUGGCCACCCACGGAAUAUGAUUGGUAUGCCAAUGCUUUCAGUCUGCGAACAUUACAAUGGGGCUUCUUUCAUCAUACUGAUUAAGGAAUCAAUCACUUCAGUACAGAUAGCACUGGAAUAUAAAGUACAAACAAAUAGGGAAACAUUUAUUUUAGCACUAUUGAUUUGAAAAUACUGUAUAACAAAGACAGAAUUCUUUCAAGAAGCUGUGUCCAUAUCUUUAACUAAUGAAGUGCAGACAUUAUUAAUCUAUUUAGUAACUUGUUCCAGUCAGUUGGGUCUUUGUAGCUGAAAGAUCUUACUCCAACCUCAUGCUGUACCUUUGGGACUUGUAAUUGUUGUUGUUGUCGAAAGAAGUAGUGUGAGUCUUGUAUAGUUAGGUGUUCCUUAAUAUAUACAUGAAAAUUACUGUCAGGCCUGUGACAUGUUUUAAUGAAGAUGUCAAUAUUGGCAAUGGUCCAGAAUCUCAUUGGUAGUGCAUACCAUUGGUAAUGAACAUAUCAAAAAGAGACAAGUCUAUAGACUGGGUUGACCGGGAUACGCCAUACCCUUGUAGGUUUGGGAAGAUCUGCAAACAUGGCUGAUGGAUGGGAGACAGCCCGUCGACUAGACAGACCCAAAAACCUACAGGUAACUUCAAAUCAAAGUUUAUUUGUCACAUGUACAGGAUAUAGGAAGUUUAAACGGUAGAGUGAAAUGUUUACUUGCCGCUCUUCCUCAACAGUAAAGAAUAAAGUUUGGCACAUGCUGUAGCACUGGGUCGUGUUCAGUAGGACACAUAGUAGAACCUUUUUAAAUGUUUGCUACAGAAAAUCUGUGUUGUUAUUGGGCAAGUUCAGGUAGUACCUCCCUGUUUCACUCUAUUUGAAAAAUGUCCUCCCUGCUGAACACAACCCUGUUGUAUCAUCUGGUGACAUGAUACUGUGCUCCAUAGGUGGAUGGGAAGGGCAUCCUACAGGUACCAGGUUAUGAGUGGGCCGUUCUCAGACUGGGGCAUCCCGGAGUCAUCAGCCAAAUUGAGAUAGACACCAACCACUUCAAAGGUAGAGUAAGACACACACACACACACACACACACACACACAUUCUGUCUGUUCCAGUCUCUGUUCUCUGCACUCUCUUUCACCCCACUGAAGCACUGCAAAGUUCCAAUGUUAAAGGCUUGGUUACUACAGUUAGGAUUAGGGCAGGUAGCCUAGUGGUUAAGAGCGUUGCGCCUGUAACCGAAAGGUCACUGGUUUGAAACCCCGAGCCGGCAAGGUGGGAAACAUUGGCCGUUCUGCCCUUGAGCAAGGUAAUUAACCGGCAACAACAACUGCUCCCCGAGCGCCAAUGAUGUGGACAUCGAUUAAGGAAGCCCACUGCACCUCUCUGAUUCAGAGGGGUUGGGUUAAAUGCAGAAGACACAUUUCGGUUGAAUGCAUUCAGCUGUGCAACUGACUACUAGGUAUUCCCUUUCUCUAGUUAUGACAGUGUAACAGGUUAGAUUACAAGCUAUUAUAAUGGAGACAUCCACAUCUUUCGCCUCUGUUGUAAAUAAGGCAGUCCACUGUACAGUCUACUGAGAUGUAAGUCAUCCCACCAGACAGAGCUCUUGUGUUUCUCUUACUGUGUCAUGUGAUGUCAACACGCAGGAAACUUCCCAGACUCCUGUAAGAUGGAAGCGUGCUAUCUGACCCCCGAGGAGGAGGGGAAGUAUGUGAGUGGCAGGUGGAGCAGCGAUCCGGGAAACAAAUGGCGGGUGCUUCUGCACCCUCAGAAAGUAUGUCAAUCAUUUUAUCUAUAAUUCACUCCAUUUGAUCCAAUGCCUGGGACCGUCUGAGUGCUGAUCUAGGAUCUGUUUUGCCUUUUAGAUCAGAAUGAAUAAGAUCACAUUGACAUAGGUUGCCCUGAUCCUAGAUCAGCACUCCUGCUGAGACUUCAUCUGUACAUUUUCAUCCAGGAAGUGUUUUUCAACAUUUUAAUCAAUUUAGUGUUUAAAUGUCCAUAUUCCAGAACAAAUGGGGAGAAAUUCAAAUGUGUGUGUUUCAAAACCUAUUAGUUAGGUAAACAAUAUUGAAUGUACAUGUAUAAUAACUAAAUCAGGUCUUGUAAGGAUGUAAGGAUAUCUCUCAUCUGUGACAUGUGUUGUGCUUCACACAUUCUUUAAUGUGCCCAAGUUUCUGUGAAGUGAAAUAUCUGCCAAGUCAACAGUCCAUCCAACUAAUUUUUUUCCUCAUGCAAUUGCAUCAGAAUUCUGCUUAAGUACCAAAACAACUCAUAACCUACAACCAGUGAUGAUAAUAACCAUUCCAAACUGCAACAGUAAAACACAUCAGUUUGGUGAGAACCGUUUUCUGUCUGUUCUAGCUCGAGGCCCAUCACAGGCACAUUUACUCAUGUGACUCGCUGCCGCUGUCUGGGCCGGUCAGUCAUGUGCGUCUAGUCAUCGCCCCAGAUGGAGGGGUCAGCAGACUAAGACUCUGGGGACGUCCGACUUCCACAAGACACACCUCCAAACUGUGAUGCUGAGUUGUGGUGAGCUCAUUGUGGAAAUGAAUUGUCUGAGUGUAACAUGUAGUCUACUGUACGCUACAUUUGAUGCUUA